CCCCGACGACGGCAACUCAAACUUCCAAGAUUUGGUCUCACAGCAUCCAACUUGGCUCAAAGUUGGCGGCUCCAGCCUUGCUCUGCAUUCGUUUCUUCCGGCCCCCGUGUAACAGGCUUCAUCUUGCGGCCGUUCCAGCUACACGGCUCUGGUCGUCUCUGAUCUCUUAUUACCUCCAUCAUUCCCUGCAUCUGCAACCUACGGCUUGGCAUCCCGGCUGGUCGGCGACGCCUGCAGCACACACACACACACACACACACACACACACACACAAACGGAAGACGCGCCGAAAUUGCUCCUACCUGAUUCUAGAAGAUAUAAGAAAGAGAGAAAGGGAAUAAAAAAACACCAUCCAUCUGUUUUGUUAGAAGCUCUCGACAGAACCAAGGCCCGCCCAACAUGAGUGAGUUGCAAAGAGCUUGGGCCAAGAGGAAACUCGACCCCAUGCAUCCUCUGCCGGAGCCCCUCAAUGACCUCGACGAGGAACCCGAGACCGAUCAGCUCCCCGAGUUGCCGGAGCACAUGGACGACGGAGACUCCUCUUCGGCCUCGUCCGCUUCGUCAGCUUCUUCUACCGGCACUAUCAUCCCGUCUCCGAGUCAGAACCUCUUUGCUCGGCCGCAAGGAGUGUCGAGGGGCCGCACGCUGGAGCAAAUCCCAUGGACGACCUACUUUGAGCGAGAGCUGUUUCUGAAACCCAAGGUCGGCGAUGAGCUCUCUGCCACCGUGACCUACCAUGCCUACCUCAAUUCUCCUGUCGGAAAGGGACCCCUCUUCGUCAUGCACCACGGCGCCGGCUCUUCUGGCCUCUCGUUCGCCGCCCUCUCGUCCGAGAUUAGAAAACGCCUCCCUUCGGCCGGCAUUCUUUCUCCGGAUGCUCGCGGCCAUGGCUUGACGGUCAUCACGGACGGCACCGAGCUCGAUCUCAAGCUCGAUGUCCUGACGGAGGACCUGUUCAGCGUCAUCCAGCUGACAAAAGCCCAGAUGUCCUGGCCGGAGCUUCCUCCCGUCAUACUCAUCGGACACUCGCUGGGCGGCGCCGUCGUCACGGAUCUGGCCAAGUCGGGAAAAUUGGGCAAUUCCCUGCUCGGGUACGGAGUUCUGGACGUGGUGGAAGGCUCGGCGAUGGACGCUCUUCAAAGCAUGCUCACGUACCUUUCAACGCGACCUACCGGCUUCGCCAGUUUACAGUCCGGAAUAGACUGGCAUAUCCGCUCGCGCACCGUCCGCAACUCGGUGUCGGCGCGGACGUCAGUGCCAGCGCUUCUGGUGUACGACGACUCCAACGACCCGACGAGGCCGUGGAGAUGGCGAACUGAUCUGGCGGCGACGCAACCAUUCUGGGAAGGCUGGUUCGUCGGCUUGAGCAAGAAGUUUCUGGAGGCGAGAGGUGGGAAACUGCUUCUGCUGGCGGGUACGGACAGGUUAGACACGGAGUUGACAAUCGGUCAGAUGCAGGGCAAGUACGCAUUACAAGUGUUCCCAGAAGCCGGGCACUUCAUCCAAGAAGAUCUUCCAGAGAAGACGGCGCUGGCAGUCGUGGACUUUUACAGGCGGAACGACAGGAGUGCUUUCGUCAUGCCGCCCAAGGUUGGCGAUCUGCUAAAGCAAGGCAAGAGAGUCUAGGGAUCUUGUCCCUGUGUGAAUACGAUUCCACAGCGAAAGCAUGUAGCCAUCCUUUUCUCUUCUCGUGUAUUCAUAGUUAUACCCCUCCUGGCUUUUGUGAGCUUGGGCAACCAGAUCAUAAGCAAGUUAUGCAAUGAUUGAACCAUCAAGUCGAGCAAUUUCAUCCAGCUCGUCCCAAUUGUGGGUGAC